AGUGACCACAGUUUACCGUCGCGUGUCGGUCGUGUUUAGUAUCAAAAUGUCGGCCACAGUUGAAACGAGUUUGAAACAAAAAAUAUGCAACUCCAUCGAGAUACCAAUAUUAACAAGAUGCUGCUUCUGUUUCCCGCUCAGAAAGGGGCUCAUCGUCUUCGCUUAUGCCAACCUGGUAAGUUGAAAAUUUUCAAAUACGUUACAAAUGACCAAACCCAAGCCAUCCCAGACCGACCAAAAACGAAGGGCGGGGCGCUACGUACACUUCAAGGGACACAAAAACCAAGUCAAAACCAUGUUAAACUUUUUGUAAGUACACGUUUUAAGUGUAUAUGUCCUGAGGUGAACUUUUACGGGCUGCUUUUAAGAAUAAGGGUGAAAAACGAGUACAUAAUCCAUCUGAUGGUAAGUGAAUGUUGUGGCCCAUAGACAUAUUCAUCUAUCCGCGAUUAAGAAUCAAAAUGCAGUCACACCUGAAGACAACAUGACAAGUUUUCAGUUAAAAAUGGUCUCUGGUUGUCUACACUCACCAUACGAAAUGCAGCAGCAUUAAUCUGUUAUUUUAUGCAGGUGUUCUGUGAGAGCGUGGUCCUUUCUCGGUUGAACGGACCAAUUCGUGCUACAACUAAAAUAUUGCUGCACCACAAAGAGUUAAAUUUAAAAAAAGAAAAUGCAAAGAUGCGUGAGUGCGUCAUCAAAAAAUCGAGCAUAGUUUUCGCAUCUUCAGCAUACUUUAUUAAUCUGAAAAACUUACACAUUUUUUUGUAAUAUUAUGUGUGAUACAAUAACAUCUAAAAUAGACAAAAAGUCCUUCAACGGUCUAGUAGACUCAAGUGAACUGCAGACUCAUCUACAGACGUACUGUAACCAUAAUAUAUAUGCAGCGUGGCUCUACCACUUUAAACCUAACUGUAUAUACUAUAAUAUAUUAACCUAAAAUUAGUUUCAGCGUGACGAAUAAAAACAGUUUCUACCAGUGGCUCCAAUUAACCGUAUAUAUUACGAUACUUUUAGUAAAAGAGUUUCACGACUGCAGAUAAAUAAUGUAUAUUAAUAUAUACCUUACGAGAAAGUCGUGCUUAUACGAGUAAUACAUCAUUUUGCAACAUAAAACCACGUACAGUGGAUUUCAUUUAUUACGACCUUGGCUGUAGCGACCAUUUACCUAUAGCGACGUUAAAUCUAAGUCCCUCGAAUUUAAAGCAUAUUUUAGUACAAAAUUCAUGUGUCUAUAGCGACUUUGGAUGUAACGCCGAGUUCGGGUGUAGCGACUGUUUUUAAUAAAUCAUUUGUAACAAAUUCCUAGAAAUCCCAUGCAAAUAUUGCGACCGGAGUCGGCCGCCAAAUACACAAAGAUUUCUUUCUCUCACAAACAUUUCUUAUCUUUUGUUUACAUCCACACAGAUGGUCAGCAAGUGUGGAGACUUUUACCUUUACUUUAUAGAUAUCAGCUAAGUACGUAGGGAAGCGUGUACGUUUCGGAGUUAAAUUUAUGGUUCAGUUACAAAGUGAUAUUCUGUGAGUAGAAACUGUAAUGUAUUGAAUUUGUUACUUUUUCUGCCUUUGCCUGUAACGACUUUCGGAUGUAACGACGAAAAUAGAGUGGUCCCUUCAUCGUCAUCAUACCCGAAAUCCACUGUAUUUACUACUAAAUAUGCUACCCAAUAGCAGCGCUUGCUGCUUUACUGCUGUGUUCCGCUCUAAAGGGUUUAUAGAGCCAGAAUGAUUACAGGCUGUGAGACAUUCAUCUUAGUCUUCAGAUAUGACAACGCAUUUGUAACCAUUAUUGCUUGAAGUUGGUUGCAGGUGCUGCAAUAGCCACAUACAAUUAGAUCGAUUGUUGGUUCCUUUAUAACUGCAGUUUUAUAUAAAAAAAAACCGGCAAAGUGCGAGGCGGACUCGCGCACCGAGGGUUCCGAAUAAAUCUGUAGGUAUAUAAGUUUAAAAUUAUUAAAAAAAAUUCUAUAACAUGAUGUAACUAAAAAUUUAUGCUUUUCGCAAUUUUUCCUUUAUCUGUGCUAUAAAACGUUGCUUCGUACCAAAUUUCAAGAUUCUGAGUUCACGGGAAGUACCCUGUAGGUUUUGAUUCCCUUGCGAAUGUCGAAAAUUUACGGCAUAAACGACUGUAUCUUUUGAUUGCGUUGGCUUAGAAGUUUGAUUUUUUCACAGCUCUAAGGGACAGUAGACUUGAGUAUUUGAUAUGAAUUUCAGCUUUCACGCGUUCCUGAGUAAAUGGGUCUUGACAGGCAGACGGACAACAAAGUGAUCCUAUAAAGGUUCCGUUUUUUUCUUUUGAGGUACGGAUCCCUAAAAAAAAAACAUUAUAGUUCAACAUCGUAUUACGAUAUUUACGAUUCACUUUUUAACCUCUCGCUUUGAAAAUUAAUAAUUUUCAUGAGUAGAAAGUUAUAGAUUUCGGUCCGAUCUUGAGAAUGCGAGUUUUCAUCAUCAUUUCAUCACGUUUCGAGGUCCUAGGAAUCCGUUCCGACUAUUCCCGGUUGGACGUCCGGCCGUGUGUAUGUCUGUAUGUAAAUAAAAUUUUGUCAUACGAUACGAUAUCUAUAGAAUGAACCAACUAAUCGAGAUGGGCGACACGGCGUUCGAAAGUGUUCAUUGAGACUUGGAGCUGAUUAGAUUUUCUAUUCAAUUGGUCGAGACGUUUCAAAGAUUUUU